AUGUACAAUAGACCAGCUCAAGACAACCCAACACAAGCCAAAAACGAGCUUUAUGUUCGUGACAAAUGCACAACAUGUUGCAGAAUUAUAAUAGCAUCAUUCUAUAAUUACGACCAAAACAGGGCAUUUAGUGAAAACGAUUAUAAAACGGGUACAGAUAGAAUCUUUGUCAUGGACAUGGAGUUUGACAACAUUAACGAAAUCAGAAGGCCCGAUGGUAAUUACGAACAAGUGAUCCCGUUGCGUCCACUCACUGAAAACAAGAAUUUCCAAUAUUUUGAAUUUGCGCCAUAUAAAAUGUUCAUAUCAUUUGUUUAUCCAAAAAGAGUCCACGACAUUAGAGGAGGCGCAGCACAGAAUGCCCGACUUAUUAUUUGGUCUAAAAAUCCACCACUUUCAGACGCUCCGGGCACUACAAAUCAAAGAUUUAUUUAUGUCCAUCCUUAUGUGGAUAGUUUCUACACUUCAUCAUUCGAAAAUAGAUGGAAAGCUUAUAAGAACCAUUUCUUCUUGCCUUUCUAUACAAAAACUGACUUGUGUUACACCGCUUGUAACUUUGGGGAUUUCAUGUCAUGGACAGGACAAGCACAAUUUAAAAACACACCAUACUUCCAUCAAAUAAAAGCCGUUGGAUGUUCUGCUAACGAACCUAGACAAAUGUUUACUCAAGUAUUUGCUUAA